CAGCAGAGUCUGUUGCUUUUCGCUGUUUCGCACAAAUCACAAUUGCUUGAAAGAUGUCAUGGUCUUAUUUAUGAAUUUUCAGAUCCAAUUUAGAUGCAAUCCCAUCUAGGUGUUGCUGCCACCAAAGUUAACAGGAAGCACACUAGAUUCCUGCGAGAAUUAACUAUGACACAUCAGAAGUCACUGGAUGUUUCUACCACAAGUGAUGUUGCUGUGGAUACUCCACCAACUGAAAAUGCUUCGAAACGGUUGGUGCUUUAUAAUCCAGACACUAGUAAACCAGGUCAAGUUGCUGUUGCAAUACUUGAUGCAACUGAAAAUGAGCAUACAUCCUUCAAGAGUUUUUUGGCAUCAAAUCCUUCUAGUAGGGUUUUGCCGUCUGUUGGAGCAUUCACAAUCCAGUGUGCUGCAUGCCUCAAGUGGAGGCUUAUUCUGACAAAAGAGAAGUACGAAGAAAUACGUGAAAAUAUACUACAAGAACCUUUUGUAUGUGACCGAGCUCGUGAUUGGCGUUCUGAUGUAUCCUGUGAUGAUCCCACUGAUAUUUCUCAAGAUGGAAGUAGGCUUUGGGCAAUUGAUAAGCCUAACAUUGCACAACCUCCUCCUGGCUGGGAAAGAUUGCUUAGGAUCCGGAGUGAAGGAAGCACCAGAUUUGCAGACAUAUAUUAUGUUGCACCAUCUGGGAAGAGGCUCCGCUCAAUGGUUGAAGUGGAGAAGUACUUAAUGGAACAUUUGGAGUAUGUCAGAGAUGGGGUGAAUCUAUCUCAAUUUUCAUUUAUAAUUCUGAAGCCUCUUCAGGAAAACUAUGUUAGGAAACACCCUGCUCGUCUCACUAGUACUGACAAUGCUGAAAGCAUGAUGUCUAGACCUCUUGAAUCUUGUAUAGCUAAUCCAUUGUCAUGGGCUGGUCCUCCUACUUACGCCGGACUGCAGAACGGCGAGCCUGGUGUGACCACUCAUCCAGAAUCUCCAACUCAUCUUCCACUCAUCCAUCUGCGGCAUGCAAAGAAGAAACCAAUCAUCUCAUUUUACAAAUAAAACUGCUGCCGCUCGAGUCCUUCAAACUUGCAGGAAUUCAAGGAAGAAGACCGUCAGCCAACUGGUAGCUCUUCUACCUUUGAGCUUUGAGAUCGCAGCAAUAAUUUGGUGCCAUAUGCAGGUUUUGAUGAUAUGCAGGCAUAGAAAAUGAGUGAUCAAAGUAAAGGCAACUGUAACUUUUACCUCUCGUAUUUAUGCCUGCUGCAUGUUGGCCCUCAGUAGUUGUUAAA